AUGGGUUUCUCCUUGCAGCUGGGCGGACUGCGUAACCCCGACAGCGCGCGCAGCGGCACCUUCACGGGCCGCUCGGAGCGCGGCACCCCGCGGGAGGUGCGGCGGCUGCCGCUGCAAGACAUCCGCCGGGACGAGUCCGCGGCCUCCCCGCUGCCAAGUCCUGCAGUGUCCAGCGAGUGGACCUCCCGCACGUCCCGCACCUCACCCAGGUCCACGGCUCCGGAGACGACCCGCUUGGGUUAUCCUCAGAGCGCACGGGGCGGCUAUGGCGGCUACGCCGUCGCGAGCACGGCGCAUCUGGAUGUGCAGCGGCAUUUGGAGGUGAUUCGCUUCACCGUCCUCCGGGAGCACGCCAAGCUGCGCGAACGUGCAGAGCAGGCCAAAGAGCAGCUGAGCACGUUGUCUUCCAACUUCGACGAGAUUGUCCUGGCGGUGGAUGGGGUGGAGCUCAAGGUGUGGAAAGACGGACUGGUCUGGUGA